AUGUCCUGGGUCCCCGCCACCGCCCGCGAGACCGCGCGCAUCAGCCAGCAGCUCAAGCUGAUCCGCGCGUUCAACGACGGCGCACGCAGCGUGCAGGCGCAGGUGCCCCGUGUGCCGCCUGCCCCCCGCCCUGCGCCCGUCGCGGCCGUCAAGCCCGAGGCCGAGGAGAUCAAGAAGCCAGGCGACAAGUCGCCCUGGACGUUCAUGCCUGCGCCGCCGCAGGCGCCGUUUGAGGGCGCCGACGCCGUGCGCCGGCCUUACGUACAACGACCGGCGUGCCACCAACCACCAGCGAGUACGCGAGCCAUGAUGCGCCCCGUCCGCCCCGCCCUCACGCUCACGCUCUCCCCCCUUCGUCAGAUCCACCGCGACGCGACGCGCACCAGCGCCGCCCAGCCCCCCGCCCCAGCGCGCCAGCAGGGCAGCGAGGACGCCGUGCCACCCACCGAUCCCGCCGUGCUCUCCGCCUUGGAGACAACACGCAUCGCGCACCGCGGCUCGCGCGCCCCGCCGCGCCUGCAAGCCGUCCACCUCAACCGGCCCGACGCCGGGCCCUCCACGAGCGCAGCGCCCGACCCGGCUGUGCUCUCCGCGCUCGAGACGACGCGGGUCGCGUAG